AUGGUUGCUGCUAAACGACCAAACUUCCUCAUCAUAGUCGCCGAUGACCUUGGCUUUAGUGACAUCAAGCCGUAUGGCUCUGAGAUUGACACCCCUGUCUUGGAUCGUCUAUCCAAAGAUGGCAUACGCAUGACCAACUUCCAUACCGCGCAGGCAUGCUCGCCUACACGGUCCAUGCUGCUCUCUGGCACCGACAACCACAUCGCUGGACUCGGUCAGAUGGCUGAGUUUGCCGAGAUGAGGAAGAAGCUCACUGGCAAAUACCCUGACUACGUUGACAAACCUGGCUACGAGGGCUACCUCAACUGGAAAGUCGCUGCUCUGCCCGAAAUUCUCUCUGACGCAGGCUAUCUGACCAUCAUGUCUGGAAAGUGGCAUUUGGGAAUGACUCCUGACGUAUCGCCGAGCGCAAGAGGCUUCAAGAAGAGCUUUGGCUUCUUGCCUGGCUGUGGCAACCACUUCAACUACGAACCGCAGUUCGAGGCAGAUGAAAACACGAUGCUGUUGACCUCUGAUGGCUUUUGGAUGGAGAAUGAAAAGCCCGUUGACAGGAAGAAGGAUUUACCCAAGGACUUUUACUCAACCAAUUUCUUCACAGACAAGCUGAUCGACAUGUUAGCGAGCAGAACCGGGGAAGAAAGAGAACAGCCAUUCUUUUCUUAUUUGGCUUACACGGCGCCACACUGGCCAAUGCAGGCGCCGCAAGAACUUGUGGAGAAAUAUCGCGGCAAGUACGACGAUGGGCCGGACAAACUCAGACUGGACCGAUUGGCCAAAUUGAAAGCAUUAGGUCUUGUGCCGUCUAACGUCGAAGCUGCCCCUCCCGUUGGUUUCGAAGCGGGCGUGAAGUGGGAAGAUCUCACAGAUCAUGAGCGAGCUAUUUCCGCAAGGAAGAUGGAGGUCUACGCAGCCAUGGUUGAUCUGCUCGAUCAGAACAUUGGUAGAGUGGUUGAUGCACUUGAAGCAUCAGGCGAACUAGACAACACCUUCAUCUUGUUCAUGUCAGACAACGGCGCAGAAGGAUCUACCUUGGAAGCAGCACCUCUCUUGUCAUCGUUCAAGACACUAGGCGAACUCAUUACUGCAUACUAUGACAACAGUCUCGAGAAUAUUGGCCGACAUGACUCAUACGUCUGGUACGGCUCACGGUGGGCAUGCGCUGCCACUGCCCCUUCUCGCGGGUUCAAGGGAUGGUCAACUGAAGGUGGGAUUCGCUGCCCUUGCCUCAUUCGCUUCCCACCAAUUUCAGCGGCACCUGAGACUAUUUCGCAUUCAUUCACAACUGUCAUGGAUAUCCUGCCCACCAUCCUCGAUCUUGCACAGGUUCAACACCCAGGGACCUCCUUCAGGGGCCGAGAAGUCGUCGUUCCUCGAGGAAAGUCCUGGGUGAACCAUCUCUCGUCUUCUAGGGAACAUCCCACCGUCCACGAAGAUGUGAAUCACAUCCAUGGUUGGGAAUUGUUCGGCAAUCGUGCCAUCCGUAGAGGAAACUGGAAAGCAGUGUUGCUAGCCAAGCAGGGUGGAGAUAGUUGGGAGCUGUUCAAUGUUGAGGAGGAUCCGGCUGAGCAACAUGAUCUGGCAAAGAAGCGUCCUGAGAUUUUGGAGGAAAUGCUUGUACAUUGGGCGACCUCAAUAUGCAGCCUCAAAGCUCAAGGAAGAUCACCUCGGAGCAGGACGCAAUCACCGCGCGACACGACUUCGGCGCAGAUCGUGCCCGUCACACAUCUCCAACGAAUCGCUCCAUCGCUUGCAGAUGGCUUGACUGUACAAGAUAGGGAGCUGCUGGACCAUUGGCACAAGGUUGCAUUCAGGGCUGUUGCUCACCAACGAGGGUCGGAAGAUCUUUGGCAAUACGAAGUGACACACCUCGCUUUCGAUCAUCCCGUCAUUUUGAAUCUGGCGUUAGCUCUAUCGUCGUUCGAACGGGCGCAUACAGCACAUCAAUCACAAACGGACAUGCCAGCACAUCGCCGGCGACGAGAUAUCUACGCUUCACUAGGAUUCAAGUAUUCUCAAAACGCUGUGGGGAUGAUGAGGGAUUCAGUGGCAAAAGCAAACCGCGGCAACAGCCCUGUGUGUCAUCUUGCCUCGGUUCUCAUGAUGAUUAGCUCUUACGCCGAAGGCUCCCUUAAAGAGCUUGUACGGAGGAAGAAUGAUCCUCCUUCCAUGCUGAACGACCUACUCGUUACUUGCAGGCUCACGAGGGGUGUGAGGGCUAUUGCAGAUGCUUUUGGCGUAAUACGGCCAGAGCGACGCGAGCUGAUACUCUACGUCACGGAGGCUGAACCACCAGACCACGGGCCUCUUGAUCCGCUCCUGGACACCCUCGACUCUUUAGCAUUUUUGGACCAAGUAGAGGACCCAGCCGUCAGACAAAUCUGCCAGGACGCCCUGGAUCUGAUGAAAUGGCUGGUGAGAAAAGCACAGACAUCAGAGUGGUGGCCAGCACACAGAGCGUCGUUACAAUGGGCAUGCCUGGUCAGCAAAGGUUUUAUAAGACUAGUUGAAGCCUAUGAGCCUGCAGCUCUUGUGUUGUUAUCAUAUGGGUGUUUCUUGGCAGAUGGUGAUGUUGGUGACACGUUUAUAAUGAUGGGGUGGAAAGAGGGUGUUUGCGCUGAGAUUCGAGAUAUCGUUGGUCCUAAAUGGGCUUGGGCUGUUGCGGCAUAA